AUGUCAAGCAUUAUCGUUUCCCGUCUUCCUCCGGAAAUACUUCAAGAUAUAUUCAAAUAUAAUGUUGAGAUCAAAACUCAUCACUCACGUUAUAAGGAUCUAGCAACAUCAUGUCUUUUAGUAAACCGUUAUUGGUGCAUGAACGCUAUUUCAAUAAUUUGGGAAGAACCUCUAAACAUUUGUGUAGACAAUGAAAAAUCUUUAGAAAAAAUCCUUAAAAUAUAUAUCUCAAACCUUCCAAGAAAAUCAAAGUUACUAUUAAUCAAAAAUUCUGAGUGUCAGUUCGAAAUUUCUUCAAAACAACCGACAUUUAAUUAUGCCUCCUUUUUACAAAAGCUCGAAUUACAAAGUCUUUAUGAUACUAUCAAUAGAUUCAUACUACAAAAAACUUAUUAUACCACUUAUACAUAUCAAAAAACUGCUAAACAACGCAUUGGUCUAUUAAGAGAAUUAGUCAAACAUUUCAUUUCUGAAAAAAUUUAUCAUAAAAUUUCUAAAAUUUUUUCUGAUAUAAAUGAUUUACAAAUAUUUUGUAAUUUGAAAGAUAACACAGCACUAGCUUCUUUAAUCAACACACUACCAACUUCACCAUUAAAAUUAACAUUAUAUAGGUGUUCUAUGCCAACAACUUCAAUUACUAAAUCUCUUAGUUCAAAAUUAAAUAAUCUAACUUCUUUGAUUAUUCAUGAACGUGGUUCAAUUCCUUUGGAAACUUUUAAAGAAUGCACUAAAUUAAAAUUAUUUCAAUUGGAUAACUUUAAACACCAUCAUUUUGAUGAUGCUACAAAGGAUGCUGAUGAAUUAAAAGAUAUUAUAAAUUAUAAAUCUUUAAAUAAUCUUGAUGAAUUUGAUUUAUAUCAACUUGCUGUGAAUAAUUUACAUGUUUCAAAUAUACUUCAAAAUACGAACAAUAAUCUUAAAGUAUUAAGGAUUAAAUGGAUUAAAUCGGUUGAUCCUGAGAAUGAAGAAUUAUUAUUUAAGUCAAUUAUGGAGAAUUGUACAAUGCUGAAUGAAUUAGUAAUUUCGUUAACUACAUCUGCAAUAAAAUAUUUUCCAUCAUGCAUUCGUACACUUACACGUCUUCAAAAUUUGACAAUUGAUAGAUAUGAAGAUGAUCAAUCAUUAGAUGAAGAUAUGUGUACUUGGGCGGAAAUUCUUGGUAUAAAUAUUUCAAUGUCUAUAAAAAUACUUUUAUUAGAUAGAAAUUUACAAUUGAACAAUGAAGCAUUUGAUAAAUUUCUUUGUCAAUGUUAUAAUAGAGGUAUAAAAAAUUUACAUUUAAUAGUGGAUAGACCUAGAUUUAUUCAAAUAGAUGAAAAAAUUAAAGAAACUUUGAUGAAAUAUAUUCAAUCAGGAACGUUGAAUUCAGAAACAAAUUUAUAA